AUGGACCUUGUUACCGUGACCAGGCUCAUCGACCAAUUUUUCGAAAGCUUCACGUCUUUCCAGCUGUUCCGGGAGAGCAAGUUCCCGGAAAAGCUGAAGAGCAUUCCAACCCACAAACAGCUCACCGCGUUGGUGGCCGCCAUGUGUACAUUCGCCCUCCAUUCAGAUAGUCCGUCUAGUACUCAAGACUUGUCCCAACAGAUUUGGGUCAAUGGCCAGAGAGACCAAAGGCCCACCUCUCGAUGUUGUGCCGUAGCAUUGAAGGCGAUAGAUGAGGCAGUCUGCGAGUCCCAGGACGAACCUCUGACACUGCCGCUCCUCCAAGCCCUGAUAUUGAUGACCCACUGGCUUCUUAUCAGGGAAGUCCGGGGAAGGGCAUGGAGAUACCUGGGACUCUGCGUCAGGACUGCCUAUGAGCUGAACUUCCACCUCAUCGAUGCUGGUAGGAUAUCAAUCAAAAGCGUCCCCGGCCCUGUUUGGUGCGAGGACGAGGAGAAACGGCGCGCCUGGUGGGCAAUAUGGGAGAUGGACGUGUUUGCCAGUGUCGUUCGCCGCUGUCCUACCGCGAUCGACUGGAGUCAAAAUGAAACGUUCUUGCCGUCCGAAGACAGGCAUUGGAUUCGUGGUGAGCCUCAGGAAAGCUGUGUGCUCCAUAUCAGCCCAGUGUCCAGGUGGAAGUUCCUGGAAAAGACCGGAAACCAGUCACCAAAGGCCUGGUUUAUCGUCGUCAACUCACUCAUGAAGGACGCUCAGGGGAUUUCCAGUCCCACCAGCGUCGACGGCGCGUCGACAGCGACCCAGAACACCAGCUUGAGGGAGACGCGGAUCCAGUUGUCAACGGUUUCCAACUCCCUCCGGUGUACCACCAUGGCAUUGCCUGCGGGUCUCAAGUAUCACCAGCAAUACCUCAGUUUUGCCAUCACAGGAGUCAAGGGAGAUGCGGCCAAAAGACGACGGCUCUUGCACAACUCAAUCUACGGCAUUCGCCUCAUGAUAGAAUUGACCAAGAUGAUGAUUUACAAAUAUUAUAUCUUCCAUGGAGACAGCCAGUUGGGCCAUCACUCGGUCCAAGUCAAGGCCGGCGCAAAAUCCCAGCCCGAGUGGUUCGACCUGGCCGGUGGGGUGGCAGAAGACCGUGUUUUCGAGAAGUAUUUCGAAGCUGCAGACGAGGUCGUUGCUCUGGUAUCUCGCAGCAGUGACGUCCAAUGUCGCUACGUAAACCCUUACCUGGCGAACACGAUUUGGCUCGCUGCCGCCGUCCAGAUCAUCCAUCGUGCGCUGGCGCAAACAAACUCGGAGAGGGAGCUGAUCAAUUCGAACUUCGAGCUAUUGUCUUUGACAUAUAACCAGUUUGUCAGCUUUUGGGGCAUGUCAGACACUCUGCAGAAGAACCUUGAAGCCAUCGAAGAGGAAGUGGAGAGCAUGCAAAACACCCGCCCAAAGUACACGAGUUAUCAUCAACCUCUGAGCAAAGUGAACUUCUACGGAAACGCCUCCUCAAGCCCCAAUAAGCCUGAAUUCAACUCCCUGCAAGACCACAUCCAUUUAUUGUCUCACUCUGGCCGAACUUCUCAAGCUGAAAUUGCACGGAGGUCAUCUCUCUUGCCUAACAUGCCGGGGGCGAACUUGGGCCAGCCGCAGCAGCCAGCGGAGAGCCAGCAUCAAGUACAGGCCCAGGGCGCUGCCAUCGCUGCCACCGCUGUUACGGUCGCCUCAAUAUUCAAUGACGAGCAAGAAGCAAUGAAACUCGAUAACAACAAUAACGCCGACAUGUUCAGCGGAAGUCUGAGCGUCAAGGACCACCCGCAAAGUGAGCACGCAGACCAGUUGCUCACCUUCAAGGUGCCGUCUCUAGACCUGUCAUCUGAAAUCUCAAUAGACGGUCAUGAGUCCCCCUUUACCGCGCUAUUGCCGCCGGAAGCUAUACCUUCAGACAGCCAGCCUUGUAAUGCAGACGACUCCUUGCUGUAUUUUGACGAUAUGGACCAGAGCGCGGCAACACCACCCGAUUUUUACGAUUCGCUUUGCUCGACGAGGGAUUUCAACUUUGGUGGAGCUGCAGACCUUUUCACCGGUCUACAAGGAGUACUUAGUACGUCACGCUACCUAUAA